CGCAGCUUCAACACCAGAAGGUAACCAGAAAUGUCGCUCCAAGUCGAGGAUCCACGGGGUACAGAGACACCUGCCCCGCUCAAGCGCCAUGACUCGCUGUUCGGCGAUGCAGAAAAGGUCUCCCAUUCGAAGCACCAUGGCUCCGAGGUGAGCUGGGUGCGGACGCUGAGCCUUGCUUUCCAGAGCGUCGGCAUCAUCUACGGUGAUAUCGGGACUUCACCACUUUAUGUCUACUCUAGCACCUUCCCUGAUGGGAUCAAGAACAACGACGAUCUCCUUGGCGUCUUGUCGCUCAUCAUCUACACCCUCAUCAUCAUACCGAUGCUCAAGUAUGUCUUCAUCGUGUUGUAUGCAAACGACAAUGGAGAUGGUGGCACGUUUGCACUUUACUCGCUGAUAUCAAGGUAUGCAAAGGUAAGACUGAUCCCGGACCAGCAGGCUGAGGAUGCGGCGGUGUCCAAUUACCACAUCGAAGCGCCAAACUCGCAGCUGAGGAGGGCGCAGUGGCUGAAGCAGAAGCUUGAGUCCAGCAAGGCAGCCAAGAUUGCGCUCUUCACUCUCACCAUCCUCGGCACAUCCAUGGUGAUAGGCGAUGGAACCUUGACACCAGCAAUUUCUGUGCUCUCUGCAGUGAGUGGGAUCAGGGAAAAAGCGCCAAGCUUGACUCAAACGCAAGUGGUCCUCAUCUCAGUGGCAAUUCUGUUCAUGCUCUUCUCAGUCCAGCGUUUCGGUACCGACAAGGUCGGAUACACCUUUGCUCCAGUCAUCUCAGUGUGGUUCAUACUGAUUGCUGGUAUUGGGAUGUACAACCUCGUUAUUCAUGACAUCGGUGUUCUACGGGCCUUCAAUCCAAUGUAUAUAGUACAAUACUUCAAAAGGAACGGGAAGGAUGGAUGGGUUUCACUUGGUGGAAUUAUCUUGUGUGUCACAGGCACAGAAGGUAUGUUUGCUGACCUAGGACAUUUCAACAUCAGGGCUGUUCAGAUCAGCUUCAAUGGUAUCUUGUUCCCGUCGGUCGCACUGUGCUACAUUGGGCAGGCGGCUUACCUGAGGAAAUUUCCAGAGAAUGUUGCGAACACCUUCUAUAGAUCUAUCCCAGCACCAUUGUUCUGGCCAACCUUCGUUGUUGCCAUUCUUGCUGCCAUCAUAGCAAGCCAGGCUAUGCUCUCUGGUGCAUUUGCCAUCCUCUCCAAGGCCCUAUCUCUUGGUUGCAUGCCCAGGGUUCAAGUGAUCCACACCUCACACAAGUAUGAGGGGCAGGUGUACAUUCCUGAAGUGAACUUCAUGAUGGGAUUGGCAAGCAUCAUAGUCACAAUCGCCUUCAGAACGACUACUAGCAUUGGUCAUGCUUAUGGGAUCUGUGUCGUGACCACAUUCGUGAUCACCACCCAUCUGAUGACCGUCGUGAUGCUCCUCAUAUGGCAGAAGCAUGUCAUCUUCAUCAUGCUGUUCUAUGUCGUGUUUGGCUCCAUCGAGUUAAUUUACCUCUCUUCCAUACUGUCAAAGUUCAUUGAAGGUGGAUACCUUCCGAUCUGUUUCGCGCUGGUCGUGAUGAGCCUCAUGGCGACAUGGCACUAUGUCCAAGUCAAGAGAUACUGGUACGAGCUUGACCACAUUGUGCCUAUUAACGAAAUGACAAUGCUGCUCGAGAAGAACGACGUGCGCCGGAUCCCUGGGGUGGGCCUCCUGUACACGGAGCUGGUUCAGGGUAUCCCCCCAGUGUUUCCUCGUCUGAUCAAGAAGAUACCAUCCGUGCACUCCAUCUUCAUGUUCAUGUCAAUCAAGCACCUGCCGAUCUCGCAUGUGAUACCUGCAGAGAGGUUCAUCUUCCGGCAGGUCGGCCCGAGGGAGCACCGGAUGUUCAGGUGUGUGGCACGGUAUGGCUACAGCGACACUCUGGAGGAGCCCAAGGAGUUUGCGGCGUUCCUUGUGGAUAGGCUCAAGAUGUUCAUCCAGGAGGAGAGCGCAUUCGCUCAGAAUGAAGCGGAGAGUGACAAUACCAGUGAAGUUUCAGAAUCCCAGGCGAGGACGAGGCGAUCCACUCAGAAUGCAGUACACAGCGAGGAGGCGAUUCAAACGCGGGUGAGCAGCCACUCAGGGAGGAUCAGUUUCCAUGAGAACCAGACAGUCGAGGAGGAGAAGCAGCUGAUUGACAGAGAGAUGGAGCGAGGGAUGGUGUAUCUGAUGGGGGAGGCCAAUGUUACAGCCCAAGUCAAGUCCUCGGUUUUCAAGAAGAUAGUGGUGAACUAUGUUUAUACAUUCUUGAGGAAGAACUUGACAGAGGGACACAAGGCACUAGCCAUUCCGAAAGAUCAGUUGCUCAAAGUUGGGAUCACAUAUGAGAUAUAGUUAUUUUACCCAAGUAUGAUGUGAGCCUAUCCAUGUGAUUCUGGGUGCAUGCUGUUGAUUCUGAAGGGCAAAGUGCCAUUGCCGAUUCAAUAAAAAAAGGCAUGUAGGUACAGGAUUUGUUUUCCGUUUUCUUGUGGUUAGGAUAUUUUCUUUUUUGUUUUCUCUGUACAGUGUGGCGUUACCUGAAUGUGUCCAAUGUAAGGGUGAUAUUGCAACUAAAGUUUGACUGGUAGAGUGUCUGCUCCCAGGCAUAAGAAAGGUUUAUGAUUUUUCCCACUAUCAAGGGGAAUAUGAGAGAUUUGAUUACCAUGUGA